AUGAGCUCGUACUCUAAGGACUUCACCAUCGCCAUCGUUGGCGGCGGGUUCGUCGGACUCGUGUGCGCCAUUGGACUCGCGAAGGCGGGCGUACCAGUCGACGUCUUCGAAGCUUCAUCAGAGUAUGGUGCCGUCGGGGCAGGGAUUGGCGUCGGGCCGAACGCGCAACGCGUCUUUGAAGCCAUGGGAAUCAUCGACGACCUCAAGGACGUACUCGAGGAUCAAGGUCCGCCGCAGAGCCUUUUCACCUUCGUCAAAGGCGAGAACGUACACAACGUCGUCUAUCAGUAUCCUUCGGACAAGCGAGAGGACCAAGGAUUCGCCGUUCAUCGCGGUCUGUUUCUUAAAGCGCUCGCCCAGCUGCUUCCGGAGAACGUGAAGCAGCACUUCAACAAGCGCUGCACAGCAGUCUCGACCACACCGCGCGGGAGCGCCCGUAUACGCUUCGCAGAUGGCACAGAGCACGUCGCCGACAUUGUCAUCGGAGCGGACGGUAUAAAGAGCGCUGUCCGUGCGUCUAGCACCAAGGAGGAUAGGCUUGCCAAUACGCUUUGUACUGCGUACAGAGGUCUGGUACCUAUGCAACGCCUUCUGGACGCAGGCGUUGGUCCCGAGCUCCUCUUGCCUCACGCGCGGUGCUGGAUGGGCAACGACAAGCACAUCAUAAUGUACCCAGUCUCCAACGGCACAAUGCUCAACAUCGCAGCAUUCACAACCGACUACACCCGUCCAAUGCCCGCUGCCGGCCCCCAGUCAUCCUGGUCGACCUGGGUCUCGCCCACCACGCCCGCCGACGUCCUCUCCGCCUUCUCCGACUUCGGGCCCGCGGCGAAGUCGAUCCUGGGGUGCAUGGACAGUCCGAACCGAUGGGCUGUUCAUGGGAUGUAUCCGCCGAAGCGGAGCUAUGUCGGGCAUGCCAAGGACGAGCUCGAGGGAUGGGCUAUGAGGGUGGGGAGGACCAAUACGGUGCUCAUAGCAAAGCGUCAAAACCUCACCGACAUCCUCCAAGCCUACGACAAGGUACGCGUCCCGCGCGGAGCGUACAUCGCCAACCUGAGCUUACGAGCGGGCGAGAUCUACCAUGGCCGCGGACCGAGCGGACCGAGCGACGCGGGGCGUAGGAAGGAUCUGGGGUUGCAGUGGGAGGGCAUUUGGGGGCAUGAUGUGCGUUGGGACGUGCAGAGGAUUGUCGACGAUCUUUUUGCGAAGGGCGUGUUCGGGCUCCAAGGGAUCGUGUAUGAUGAUAUGAUGGCGGAGGCAGUGAAGGUGGUCGAGGCGAAGGUGGAGGAGGUGCGGGCAAGGCUUUGGCAGGACUUGGUCAUGGCUCCUAGUGGCAGUGCGAGCUUGCAGGCGCUCAAGAUUAUUCGGAACCUCCGAGAGCACGCGCCGCUCUCCAUGUUGCCCGUUCGGUCGGCAACGAGGACCACCGACGCGUACGCGAGUGUGCCGCCGGCGAGGCUGCGCUUCGCACCUUCGCCAUCACGGCCACCCGCUACUCGCUUCCCGCGUAGCCCGACUCUGAAACCGCUGUCCAGCGGCAUAGUGACGCAAGGAGCAACGGAUUCCCAACCGGCCGUUGCCGGCUACAAUGCCAGCCAAAACGAAGUCGUCCGUCUUGAUCUUCCCGCCACAAUUGUCCGGUGUUAUCGGCCUCCUACCCGCACGCCUCUGCAUUUGCCUGCCGCAAGCUAUACGGUCUUGUAUCAUGUGACGCGCUCCUCGCCUUCUCAGGACACCGGAUCGAUUGACAGGUCAACUCCGAAGAGUACGGUUCUUAAGGUCGACUGCAUUGAGUAG